AAUUAAUUAUAAAUACGCAGGAUGCCUUCUUCUUUUCUUUUUUUUCUACUUUUCCGUCAAACGAUUAUAGCUCGAGUAUAUAAUCGAUAUAAAUAUUUAUAUACACUUAUCCAUACAGACAAAUAUACAUAUUAAUACCAAUAUACCCCAUGGAUUAUAACUCAUCUAUCUGCAUCGCACAUCUUGAAGAUGACUUUUAUAAUGACAGAUUCUCUUCACGAACCACCAGUAGCAAUUACAGCAGUGCUCCUUUGACAAAAGAAAAUCUUUUAAAAUUUAACAAAGAAGCAAAAUCAACGCAAAAUGAGAUACUGUCAAGGUACUGUCGAGAAGCUUCUAUAUCCUCCUCUGUUCGCGAAAGAUGUCAGUCAACCCCAACAUCAAGCCAUCCAGACAUUGUUCUUGCAUCACCUCGGCUACUGCCCUUUCCGUAUCACAAUGACUCGCACUUUCUCCCGACGGCCGAAAGACUUCAAUACAACCUGGCAAAUAGUUAUUCUCUAAGCUCAUCCUCUUCUUCUUAUCGAGCCGAAACAUCUAGUAUACCCUCUACCAUUCGAAACAUAUCCCGUCCACAAUCGAGAAGUAACCUCAAGAAUUGCUGUCACCUCAGCAGUAGUAUUGCCUCCACACACACAAGAAAGCCUUCAUCAGCACCGUACUUAUACAGUAGUAGUAGCAUCAGACGACAUAGUUCAAUAGUAAAAGACGAUGCUAGCUCGUCGAAUUAUCGAUCUCUCUCAGCUACCUGCUCCAUAGCAACAAGCCCUAUUCAUAAAGAAUCCUACAGUGACCGCAAGCAAAUUCCUUGGAUAAAACGGCUUUUGAAGUUUCUAAACAAAAACAAGCUCAAGCCUCAUAGAAACCGCGAAGACCUUGAAAGAUGUAAAAACAAAUCCAACCAAGUUUGGUUUUGUAAAUUUGCUGUCAACCCCAACAUUGCUGCUGAAAAUCGACAACAAAUAUUGGCCACUAUGUGAGAUAACAAUGACCAUUAUACUGUCUCUUCCGCUCGUUUCUGUUUCCAUUACACCAUCCUACUUAUGCUCUAAUCACAUACCCCACAGCCCUCACCUGUCUUUUUCACAAGCAAUGAGAAAGGGGGAGCUGUAAUUUACUUCACAACAUUCUCACAUGUUUGAUUUAUGAACUCUAUAAUUUCUUUCUUUCCCUCUCCUUUCCAUUCUCUUGAUUUCAAAUGCACAUAUCAUAGUUAAUUCAUUUUUAAUAAUUCCGCCCUUUGUAUAAUAAACUCCUUCACUGUUAAUACUCUGCG